ACUUCUUCACACCGCCACAUCAACCUCUGGUUACUCCCUGCUAUAUUCAUCAAUCUCUUUUUACGUACCUCAACUACCUUCCUAAACACUUCCUUCGAUUUCACUGGUCCGCCAUCUUCCACUCAACCUAAAAUGAGCACACCACCCACCCACCCUCCAAUCCCUCCGGACCAUUACCAAGGCCACUACACCACCUUAGCCACCCUCGCAGAAUCUCCCACUCUGAGGGAGCGACUAGCUAGUCUACGACCACCCUCGAGCCUGAAAUUCGAGCAACUUUCACGGGACCAGAUCGAAUGUCUAGAUGAACGCAGGAGAGAUGGCGUUGUAUGGGUGAGGCUGGAAGUUGGCUUUUGGCAUCCACCUCCUCGUCCUCAUUCACAACCUCUCCAUCACCCCGAGAAUCGCCAUGCCAGCAGCAGCGAACACGGCUCCGCAGAUACCAACAAGCCCAACGAAACUGGAGACGGUAUCGCUCUCGAGGCAAACACAGAGAGAUUGCCCGUGUACGCCUACAUCGUUCCUUAUACCGCUCGCUCCCCGUACACAAAACUCACGCUCCUCGUUGGAGAUCCAAUCACUUCGCCGCAAUUCAAAGUGGCUCAUCUCCGCGCUACGACUUUGCACUACCCGUUCGAUGGAGUUGUACGUGCGUACCGGGAGUGUCCUGAUACGAUGAUCAGUGCGCUGUGUACGCUUGUGGGGUGGUACUUUUUGAGCGCGGGCGCCGUGGCGGGGUUGAGGACUAGCAAAGAGUUUGGCAGUGUGCUGGAGAGGGUUUUGCGGAGGAUUGAGCGGGUUGAGGAGAAUGAGGGGGAGGAUUCUACUAACGCGGAGGACGAGUUUGGAGAUGGGGGUUAUGAUGGACUUGGAACUAACGGUGUUAGCAGUGCAUUUGGUGAGCAGGAUGAGAGCAGUGACAUUACUCUCUGCGAUGAUACUGAGGACGAGUUCAUCGAGGGAAAUCGAUCGAACACCGACCUCUCGGCACCUAUGUCCCUACAUGCAUCUCUAUUCUCUUCUUCGAACUCAGCAUCCGAACAGCCACAACAACAUAUCCCUUCACCAACCACUUCACGACUGCGUCUUCCACUCCCUCCUCGUCCCCAUCAAACCACGGCCACAACAACCACGACCACGACGGCUACAACAACAGCUACCACUACUACUACUUCCCAAACCACGACGACCACCACAGUAGUAGAAAUAACCUCCACCCCAAUCAACCCCGCCAACAACGCCCUCGAAGCCGAAAACGCCGCUCUCCGCGCACAACUCGCUCAACUCCAAAUCGACCGCGACGAAUGGAAGACGCAGAUGCUCGCCGGCGUCGGCAGGCUAGUCCGAGCGUGGAAGAGGGAGGCGCGGGCUCUGAAGCGAGAGACGCAGGUUUGGAGGGAGGAAUGUGUGAGGUUGUAUAGUACCGCUGCUGCCGCUGCUACAACUACUGCUGGUGACGAGAUUUCCGAUGGUGGCAGUGGUGCGGAAGAAUCAGAGGCAGGUGAAUAG